GUUAUCUUCAGCCCAAAAUCCAUUCGUCUUCUACAACAUUUACUGAAUUUUAACCUACUUCUUCAGUGCCAAAAAUCAUACGGACGAAAACAAAAUGGCAAAGCAAAUAACAAAGCUCGAUGUCUCCACCUCUAACGAGGAAAAGGAAAUACUCGCAGCCCAAGGUUAUAAGUUCAUCAACGUUGAUCUCAAUGAAGGUACUGGUGGAAACCAGGUCCUUCUUUGGUACAAGAAAGAGUGCGGCAACAAACCUGUGACCAGAAUCCAGUUUUCAUUCUUCAACGACAUGAAAUCUGGUCUGGCCGAGGCUGGGUAUGAGCUGGUCAACAAAGAUCUGAAUGCAGGAGUUUGUGGAGAUCACAUCUUUCUGUGGUACUUCUGUGGCAACACGGAACACGACAUUCCUAUUGUGGACCUCAGCAUAACCAAAGAUGCCAGAGAGGAGCCUACUCUUCUGCAAGAUGGCUGGGAGAGACUGGGCUGUGAUCUGAACCGCAAGGCAGGAGGAAACUUUAUCUAUCUGUGGGUGAAGAGAGAGAAGCCGAGCUACAUCUGUGAAAUCGCAGCAUCUGUUGACUUCACUUCAGACAAGUACAUGUUUGAACUGGGCUACACUCGUGUGGAUGAAGACACCAAUCGCAAUGCUGGAGGAAAUUACGUCUUCCUGUGGUAUCGGCGCACAACCGAUAAGAGCGUAGCACUCACUGCUCUCAACAUAUCCACCUCCCUCCAGGAGGAAGUAAAGCUCCAGAGUAAAGGCUUUAAAAAGCUCAGUGUUAAUCUUAAUAAAGGAACCAGUGGAAAAGAUGUCUACGCAUGGCACAUAAAAGCAGGUUGUGAAUCGCAGAUCCAAGCCAUAGUUCUGCUGAUCAACUCAACGGCCUUCCUUGAGUAUCAGAAAGCCGGUAUCAACUUUGUCGACAAAAAUCUGAAUGAUGGAAACAAAGGCUGGCCAAUGUACAUAGCCUACAAGUAAAAACACAGAGUCGUGUUGCCAUCACAGGAGCUUUUUUCAGUUAUUUAAUUGAUAGCGCUACUGUAUAGGGCAACUACUGUAAUAAGCACAAUGGUAUUGUUAUAUGUAGUAAUGUUAAUGUCACUCUUUCAAACCUAUUGGGACCGUGGCUGUUGUAAUACACUCAACCACACAUGUUAAAUUUGGCCUUUGUGUUUAUGUGAUAAUUCAUUAUGAAAUAAAGUCAACUUUAUCCACAGCAAAUGCUUUGAUAACUGUUCAUCUUCUUUUAAUUUUUGGCUUUGACUUUUGACAAUCCAUCUGUGAAACUGUCCUUGUGUGAAAAUACCCAUUUCCUCACACUAGCAAAGAAACUGAAGUGUUUUUCCAAUACAAAUGAAUUGACAGGUGUUUUGUUUUGUUUCAUGUGCAUUCCACAAAGCCAAAGUCUGCCUGCACACUGUCGUGGCUA